UCUCUGUAAAAUCAGCGCUCUCUCUCUCGCUCGCUCGCUGAGUGUGUAAAAUGAUCUCUCUCUCACUGUGUGAAAAAUCCAUGCAUUGUAUCUCUCACACGCACACACACACAAACUGAAUGUGUAAAAUCCAUAUACUGUAUGACAUUGUUAUAUUCUCCCCUACUCAGAACGAUGGAGUAGAAGAUUUCAGAUUUCUCAGGUGAGAUUGGAAAGCCGGUUUAUCUGCGAUUAACUAGAGAAGAGUUUUGAAUUGCGGGUUUUCACUACAAUCCAAUACAAUUAACGUUCCCAUCUGCUGUUGACAUUUGGAUUGUUAUUUUUUGAAUUUGAGUCAAUGCAAUUAGGGCUGGGUUUCUAAGUGGAAAGAGAAUGUCAGGGGCCUCUUUAGAUGUUAGCGAGCUUCAUCUGAAGAAGGAACUCACUGCACUUAGAAGGUCUCAAUUUCUUCGAGAUCCUGAGACCAGCUUGUUAUGGCGGUCUCCAAUGAGUACCAGAUCCCUAGGCACUUUUAGCUUGAAAAGGAACCCUGAAAAGCACAAUUUAAGAGGUAAAAGAUUGAACGGGUCCUUUGAUUUUGAGGCAGUUUUACCCUCAACUGGUCUAAGGGGUGGUGAUAAUGUGUUUCUCCACAAUUGGAGUAACCGAUCUCCUAUUACCCCAGUCAGAUCAAGGAGGGUUUCAUCCAUCAGUGGUGAGGUGAACCAGGAGAAAGAAAUUAAGGAAGGUGAGGACCCUGCAAUCAAUAUCCCAAAAGAACAAUCUCAGUUGGCUUCAAGAGUUCGACAAAAAAGGGUAGAGAGUCCUUUCAUGGGAAGAGAAACCAGGAAACUGAGAAUGAACAAAAAGGGAUUAUCACAAGCGACAAGUUCUGGAAAUUCAAAGCGUAUUGAUGUUCCAUGCAGCCCAUUGAAAUCUCACAAUGACAUAGGGCUUUUUGAUGAUACCGAUCAGUAUAAUUCUGAGGAACACUUGGCAACUUCAACGUACAAAAGCAGGAAGAAAACAGGCUAUAGCUCAGUUUCUGAAUCUCCUUUGCUCUCUGGAUACACAACAGGUUCAACAGAGCGUUGUCACAGCGAGAUGAAAACUUGGUCAAAAUCUUUAAAGGGGUAUAGAUUAAGGGAGGAUUCUGAGACCCCAAUGUCAACUUGUUCCCAUAAAAGAAGUUGCUUUGGCAAUAUGAGCACGGCUGAGUCCUUGGAUGGUGGGGAUUCAUUAGAUGCCAAUGAAAUCGACGGCUUGGAUUUGUCGACACGCCAGGGUUGUGGGAUCACUCGCUACUGGCCCAAGAGAGGAUGCCUGUCCCCUUCUUUUUCUGAUAGUUUGAGGCGAAAGGGCAGUAUCGUGUUUCGUAAAAGACGGCCUGCUCCUCGAAAAUGUGUAUCCUCAGAUGCAUGCCAGCAUAAUCAAACUCUCAAAAUUUCCCCAGAUUUACCCUUGUUAAAACAAUGUGGUCACCAUGUUGAUCAUUCAUCAGGUGAUACAAUGAGCGAUGAGCUCUCCACUAACUUCGGGGAGCUUGAUUUGGAGGCUUGUAGUCGAUUAGAUGGAAGAAGGUGGUCUAGUUGCCGAAGCCCCGAACAAUUAGAACUGGCAUUAACACCAGGUUCUAGAAACUCAUUACCUCACGAUGGCGAGCCUAGAAGUUUGAGCCAAAAGUAUAGACCAAGAUCCUUCAAUGAGAUAGUUGGGCAAAAUAUAGUUGUUCAGUCAUUAGCUAAUGCCAUUUUUAAGGGUAGAAUAGCACCUGUUUAUCUCUUUCAAGGUCCUCGAGGGACAGGGAAAACAUCCACUGCAAGGGUCUUUGCAGCUGCUCUAAAUUGUUCAUCUGAGGAAGGAAUCAAGCCUUGUGGCUUUUGUAAGGAAUGCAUGGUUUUUGCCUCAGGCAAGAGUAUGGAUAUGAGAGAAUUGGAUGCUACUAAUAAGAAUGGCAUAAAUAGAAUAAAGUACGUGCUGAAGCACUCUGCUAUUCCUCCCCCAUCAUCGCGAUUUAGAGUAUUUAUAAUCAAUGAAUGCCACAUGUUAUCUUCCAAAACAUGGACUAGUUUUCUAAAAAGCUUGGAGGAACCACCACCACACGUUGUGUUUGUGUUUGUGACUACGGACCCAGACAAGUUACCAAGAACAGUAGUCUCGCGGUGUCAGAAAUACCUCUUCCCCAAGAUCAAAGAAGUCGAUAUGGUGAACAGGUUGAAGAAGCUUGCAGAAGUUGAAAAUCUGGUGGUUGAACCAGAUGCACUGGAUUUGAUAGCCUUGAAUUCAGAUGGUUCUCUUCGAGAUGCCGAAACAUUGCUGGAGCAGUUGGCUUUGCUGGGAAAGCCAAUAACCAUGGCCCUUGUCAAUGACCUUGUUGGUGUUGUUCCUGAGGAGAAGUUAUUGGAUCUUCUUGAGUUAGCAAUGUCAUCAGAUAAUGCUGAAACAGUGAAAAAAGCGAGGGAAUUGCUGGAUUCUGGUGUGGAUCCAAUGGCUUUAAUGUCUCAGCUUGCAGGUGUCAUCAUGGAUAUUAUUGCUGGAAGUUACCAAUUGACAGAGUCACCCCGAAACGAUUGUCUUUUUGGUCAGCAAACCUUAACUGAAGCAGAGAUGGACAAACUAAGGCAAGCUUUGAAGAUCCUUUCUGAAGCUGAAAAACACCUUAGGCAUUCUAAUGAUCGAUCAACAUGGUUUACAGCUGCCUUACUACAAUUUGGCUCUGGUAAUGAUUUAGUUCCCAGCAGUGCCAAAAACAACAAUGAAAUGUGCCCUAGGAGAAUGCAAGAAAACACGCUAGAUGCCCCAUAUUUAGCAGACUACCAUAAUAAGUCCAGUGAUUCACUCGGAAACCAGAAGCUUGUAACUCGAGCACACAAUAAGAUCAGCCAAUCGCAAAAUGAUCCUGGUUCCUCCAAGAUGGAUAAUGUUUGCCCUAACUUCCCUUCUGCUCGUAGCAGUUCUGUGGAGAGUGUAGCUGCUGUUCCUAAAGGAGAUUCUCUUACAGGUGAAAAUGAGUUCAAAUCCAUAACUCCAAACAAGUUAGAUGAGAUUUGGAGAAGAAGUAUAGAAAAGUGCCAUUCAAAGACAUUAAGUCAGUUGCUCUAUACGUAUGGAAAGCUGGUAUCUAUUACUGAAGCAGAUGGAUUUCUUAUUGCUUUUAUAGCAUUUGAGCAUCAUGACCAUAAAACCCGAGCCGAGAGGUUCUUGAGUAGUAUCACAAACUCAAUGGAAGUCAUUCUGCAGUGCAAUGUAGAGAUCAGGAUAGGUAUUAUUUCGAAUAACAAAAAGUACGACAAUGCCACAUUUCAAACUGGCUCGCCGAGUGCCGCACCAGGGAAGCAUACUGAAGCUGUCAAUGUUAUAGGUAGUGAAAAGAAAAUUGAUUUCAGCAAUAGUCACUAUCAUUCUUCUGAUCAGGGUCUACAAAGGAAACCUCUAGAAUCAACUUGCAAUAAUUCAAUUCCCUCUGAGGGCCUUUGGCAAAUAACACCACAUAAUAUCUCGGCAGUACGUGAUGAGAGCUUCCAAACCGAAAGCCUGUCAAUCUUCUCACUAGAAGAAAGUGGGAAACUCAAUUUUGGGAUUGACAGGGAUCAGGAAAACAGAAUGCUAGUUGAUGAACAAAGGUUAGAGAGUGCAUGGCUUCAAGCUGCAGAUAAAAGCACACCGGGAUCAAUCAAUCGGUUAAGAGCUGAGAGAAAUCAAAUAAUCCCACAAGAUGGUAUUUAUUGCCAAGACCGAACACUAUCAGUGAUGGCAUUAAAUACUGCCUCUAGGCAUGGGGAAGAGGAAUCGAGUUACAAAAUCCCUGUUUCAAAGGCCAAUGGAAAUGGAAUUUCACAAACGGAUCAGAUCAAAAGGAGAAGUGAUGCUCCUGUCGUCUCUCCGAGCUUAUUGCAUAGUAGAAGCUUCAAGGCACAUAAUGAUGAUGAAAAUCGGGGAUAUGAAUCAGGGCAUUGUUGCACUGGCUAUCUCUGUUGGAAAACCAGCAAACCUCGGAGAGAGAAGCCAAAACAACCAACCAAAGCAGGGCCUCGUAAACUCGGGCUCCUUUUACAGGUUGGAGCAUGUGGGAAAUCUGAAAAGGUGGAUAACACAAUAAGAUGAAAAUCCGACGAGAAUUAUGAUAUUUUUUCUUUGGCUCUAGGAUUCCCCAGUAUACUUGUAUAUUACCAAAGGGGCCAUUUAUGAGAAAACAAAGAAACUGAAAAAAGAAUCAUCAUAUUAUUUCAUUGAUUCAAGCUAUGAAUCAAAAAAAUAA